CCAAGGAAGAAGGGUGAAUGGCGUGACUCCUCCCUCGUCAGGCGCUCUACGGUUCUUACCCCCAAGAGGUUCAGACGCCUCCUCCCCCUUCUUCUAAUCUCCUCCUCCUUCCUCCCCUCCCACCUCCUCUAUAUACACCAUACAUACACCGUAGUCCUCCCUUCUCCACUCCUCUGAUCACCAGCCGCCGCCCGCCUCGGCCCCCGCCGAUCCAACCCGGGUUCUCCUUGAUUCGGCGCCCAGGAACAAGAAGGAGCGGCCUUUCUGAUGUCUAGCGUCGCGACCCAGGAGGCGGCGUCGGGGUCGACCGUGCAGGAGAAGGCAGGCAGCAGGAACAAGCGCAAGUUCCGCGCCGAACCACCGUCCGGCGAGCUGGGCCCCUUCGGGCUGGAGUACCCGCUGACGACGGACUGCGUGGGGUUUGAGUUUAUGUCGCCCGAGAAGGCUGCCAUGGCGGCGGCCGCCGCUGCUGCUGAGGGUGUCAAUCUAGACUUCAUCCCGAGCACCUGUGAUGCCUGCAAAGCCGUCCACGCCACAGCGGAGGAGCUAUUAGAGUGUCAGCGAUAUGUGAAUUGGAGUGACCCAAAUGAGGCACAGCUGGAGGAGAUCCUUCUCAAGAGUCUGGAUACAACCUUCGACAAUGCUGUCAGUGUGAUCACCACAAUGGGCUACUCAGAGGCUGCAGCAAGGGCUGCCGUCGUGAGGGCAGCCGCACAGUACAGCUGGAGGGAGAGCCUUGCUGGGUUCAGUGAAGCCGCGGUCGAAGUGCUCAAGACCGAGGGGGACAUGUUACCCAGGGAUGGCUCCUCCCUUGAGGACAUGAGGAAGAUUGAGCAGGUUGUGCUUGCUAGCCUGGUUGCGGUGGUCAAUGAGGCCCAGCCGUUCUACACCACAGGCGAUGUGAUGUUUUGCUUGCUCAUGUCAGAUAUGAAUGUAGCCCAUGCCUGUGCCAUGGACUAUAGCGCUGCUCCUCUUCCGGCCGUGGGUGCUCAAGUGAUUGCACAGCCAGUUGCAGGGAACUAUGAACCAACCCCAACUUCCGAUCUGUCGGUUUCUAUUACCAACCCACAGACUGGUGUUACUUUCCGCGGCAAACUUACUCCAGUGCCACCUGGCACUUACAAUGCUGUGAAGGCUGAUUCAUCCACAACACCAGUGAACCCAAAUGUGCCAAGUGGCAAGCCAUGUGUCUCUGGCAAGAUGCAUCCUGUGGUACCAAAUGUUAAGCCAAAAGAACACCCGGCUGCUACGCCUGAUCAUGCAGAGGAACAACCAUUUGUUGCUGCUGCGACCCAAUCUGUGAAGGAUGAUAAGCCGUUCCCUAGCAAGAGGGGAAGCUCUAAGAGGGAUUCCUUGCACCGGCAGAAGUUAAUGAGCUUUGAUAAGAAUUCCCGAGCGUUGGGCUCUAAAGGAUCUCUUAGGUCUGGCAAGCAUAUCUCUUGUGGGACUGUAGCAUUAGAGAGGAAAUGCAGGCAGGUUUCAGAUUCAGCUACAUGUAGCUUGAAAGGUGCAUCAAAAAUUGCUAAAGGGUUUGCUGCAAGCAUGAAAGGGUCAGAAUAUUCAGUUGACCUUUCUUUUACGGCCACUGGCACCAUUGCCUCCAUUCCAUCAUUUGAUGCUAAGCCCCCCAGUAACACUGACCCAGCAUCAGCUGCUAGCACAGAAUUGUCAUUGUCGUUGCCAUUGCCUUUGCCUUUACCUUCCUCAAGUGAUGGUUCUGCUCCUUCUUUGAAUCAUGAUUCUAGUACUGAAGCUGUAGACCCUAGCAGCAAAAUUAACUUCGCAUAUGAUGAGGAUCAGAAGGUCUGGAUUCCACAAGAUAAGAAGGAUGAAAUGGUCUUGAUUCUUGUCCAGAGGCAGAAAGAGUUGCAAGCACAUAUGCGGGAUUGGACAGACUGGGCUAUGGAGAAGGUGAUGCAGGUCACACGGCGACUUGCCAAGGAGAAGGAGGAGCUUCAGUCACUCCGGAAAGAGAAGGAAGAGGCAAGCCGACUUCAUGAUGAAAGGCACUGUCUGGAAGAGAGCACUCGGAAGAAGCUUUUAGAGAUGGAGUCUGCUAUUUCUAGGGCAAACAAUCAAUUGGAUAAAGCAGAUGCUUCUGCUCGUAGGCGUGAGGCUGAGAAUGCACAACUUAGGAUGCAGAUGGAAGCCGCAAAGCGGAACGCAGCUGUGUCUGCAGCAAAUUUUGUGGAGCUUUCAAAGAAGGACGAGAGCAGUCUUAAAAGGUCCCAGCAUUGGGAAUCUGAGAGAGCCCUGUUGCAAGAGGAGCUCGCAGCUGAAAAGAGCAAACUAUCUCGGGUUCAGCAACAACUUCAGCAUGCUAAAGAGAAGAAGGAACAACUUAAGGUAAGAUGGAGACAGGAAGAGGCUAGGAAGACCGAGGCAAUUGCCUGUGUGAGCUCGGAGAGGAAAGAGCGGGGUCAGAUUGAGACAUCUCUGAGGUCGGAAGAGAAUUUCCUGCACCUCAAAGCUGAGAACGACAUGCAGAGAUACAAGAGCGAGAUCCGCGCCCUCGAGCAGCAUAUCUCACAGCUGAAGGUAUCCCUGGACGCCUCAGAGGCGGCUACUCCCAAGUGGGGAACGGACGACAAGACCCGCGCCCUGCGUCUCUCCGAGGGGAGAAAGAAUGGCGGCAACAACGCGCAGGUCCUGGCCAAGGUGGCGGGGGCGGCGGCCCUGGACCUUGACCUCGAUGACAUCCAGCGCGACCGCGAGUGCGUCAUGUGCCUGAGCGAGGAGAUGUCGGUGGUGUUCCUCCCCUGCGCCCACCAGGUGGUCUGCGCCAAGUGCAACGACCUCCACGACAAGCAGGGGAUGAAGGAGUGCCCGUCGUGCCGGACCCACAUCCAGCGCAGGGUCUGUGCCCGCACCGUGGGCUGCUGAGUGGAUGAGAAGAUGAAAGAUUUUGCAUUCGCGUCGUUAUACCCCGUUUUCCCCCCUUUUUUUCGAUGAUGAUUUGCCCAGCUUGAAUUUGAUGGAGAUUGGAAAAAAAGAAUAACGAGUGUCGGUCGGACGAAUAACGCUUGGUUGAGACAUCGUGCACCCCCCAAAGAUGAUGGAUAAUGGAUGGUUGGUUAUAUA